CGCAAUUGACUUUCCGCGAUAACCUUGUGUCGAAAAAGAUUGUUCAGGUGUGAGUACAGUAGACGCGGGGCUAGACCUGUCAUGACUGAUCAUGGGAACAUACAUGGGUAGAAGUGAAGCUGCAGCAGAGUCGAUGUGAUAUUGGUGACGUGAGUGGGGACAGGAGUCUGGCCGUCAUUCUGACCGUAUGGUAAUCAAUUGGACUUGAUUGGCCUGCGACAAUGUGAGCAAUCAAUCUAUAAGAACUGGCUCACAGGUAAACAGGAAGAUAUCAAUUCAGUAAUUAGGAGAGGGAACGAGACUGUGAUUGUGUGACUCAACUGAAGGAUGACGACUCGGCCGCUACAAGUGCUAGGCGGGGCGUUGAGCGCGAUGGCGCCGACCGACUCGCUCUUCCAGGGAGCGCACGAGGGUCCCGCCCAGACCGCCGCCAAACUGACCGGAGUGCAAACCAUCGGCCAGCGGGCCGACGAUGCUUCUUACUUCACCAACAACGAAGGCAUUCCCUUCCCCGAUCCCGCUCACAGCAAGACGGCGGGCGGCAUCCCGGUCAUUUCCGAUACUUUUCUCUUGCAGAAACAGCAGCACUUCAAUCGUUCCAAGAACUUGGAGCGCAUGGUCCAUCCUUGUGGCAGUGGUGCCUUCGGAUACUUCGAGACAACCAAGGACGUCUCUUCUCUCACCAAGGCCAACUUUCUACGAUCGGCCGGCGUCAGAACCCCCGUCUUCGUCCGUUUCUCCACCGUCACCCUCGGCAGAGAGUUCCCCGAUCUCGCCAGAAAUCCCCGCGGUUUCGCCGUCAAAUUCUACACCGGCGAGGGCAACUAUGACAUCGUAGGAUUGAACUUUCCCGUUUUCUUCUGUCGCGACCCGAUCCAAGGCCCAGAUGUGAUCCGCUCCCAGUAUCGCAACCCGCAGAACUUCCUGCUGGACCACAACUCUCUGUUCGAUCUGCUUGCGAACACUCCAGAGGGUAACCAUGCAGGAAUGAUGUUUUUCAGCGACCAUGGGACUCCCGUGGGAUGGAGGAACCAGCACGGCUACGGCUGCCAUACUUUCCGAUGGGUCAACGCCGAGGGCCGCUUCGUCUACAUCAAAUACCACUUCCUUGCCGACGGCGGCCAGAAACAAUUCACCGCCGACGAGGCCCAGCAGCACAGCGGUAUCGACCCUGACUUUUCCAAGCGCGACCUCUGGAAAGCGAUCGAAAACGGCGAAAAGGUCUCCUGGACAGCCCACGUUCAGAUCAUGCAGCCUGAGGACGCUGAUCCAUCAAAGUUGGGAUUCGACCCGUUCGAUGUCACCAAAGUGUGGCCCCGAGACAAGUUCCCAAUGAUGGAGUUUGGCAAGCUCGUGCUCAACAAGAACCCCGAGAACUUCCACCGGGACGUCGAACAAGCCGCCUUCUCUCCCGGCAGCCUGGUGCCCGGCAUCGAAGACAGCCCCGACCCGCUGCUGCAGUUCCGCAUGUUCUUCUACCGGGACGCCCAGUACCACCGGAUCGGCAUCAAUCUGCAUCAAGUCCCUGUAAACUGCCCCUUCAUGACCCAGUCCUACUCCUCGCUCAACUUCGACGGCCAGAUGCGGGUGGACGCCAACCACGGCAUGAAGCCGCAGUACGUGCCGAACAGCUUCGCCAACAAGUUCCGGCCGGACACGGCCGAGGCGCCCUACCAGGUGGCGGACCGCAACGUGGGCCGCAAGUCGCACUUCUACCACGAGGGCCAGGACUCGGAGUACGAGCAGCCGCGCGAGCUGUACCGGCGGGUGAUGGACGAGACGCAGCGCCAGCACCUGCACGACAACACGGCGCGCCUGCUGCGCGUGGUCGAGUACCCGGAGAUCCAGGCUAAGUACCUGGCGCAGCUGUACCGGGUGGCCCCGGAGUACGCGCAGGGGGUGUACGAGCUGCUGCCGGAGAAGAAGUUUGCGUUCGCGGAGGUGGAGAAGCGGUCGCAGGGGGCGGAGAGCGCGGGCAAGACGGUCAAGUUCAUGCCCAGCGUGGAGACGGAUAAGUUGGUGGGAAUGUGUCCGGCGCAGUCGAUUUACAAUGUUUGAGCUGUGCGUGAGAAUCAAUGUGUUGCUAUAUUCGGGUGUACACGACCCUGCGGGAAAUAAUCUGGAUUGUCUCAUUUACUAUGAUAAUUACGACGACGAAUGCACUGCACUGGGAGUUUGAACAGGACCGGAGUCCGUUACAUCGUGAUGCAACCUAUCUCGCGAGUUACUAUUGUACACGACACAGAUCUGAGAUUAGUAUGAUACAUCCUCAGGGUUCAGGUUAACAUGGCAGACUUACCAUCUUCACCCGUAACCGAAUCAAAAUCCCCAUUGAUAUUGGC